UCCCGGGGGAGUGCAGAGAAAGGGGAGGGGGGUCUCGGCGGCCGGAGGAGGAGUAGACGCGGGUGAAGAUGGCGGCAGCCGAGGCCGCGAACUGCAUCAUGGAGAAUUUUGUAGCCACCUUGGCUAAUGGGAUGAGCCUCCAGCCGCCUCUUGAAGAAGUCUCCUGUGGCCAGGCAGAAAGCAGCGAGAAGCCCAACGCUGAGGACAUGACGUCCAAAGAUUACUACUUUGACUCCUAUGCUCACUUCGGCAUCCACGAGGAAAUGCUGAAAGAUGAGGUCCGCACCCUCACAUACCGCAACUCCAUGUUUCACAACCGGCACCUUUUCAAAGACAAGGUGGUGCUGGACGUGGGCUCGGGCACAGGGAUCCUCUGCAUGUUUGCUGCCAAGGCUGGGGCCCGCAAGGUCAUUGGGAUCGAGUGUUCCAGUAUCUCUGAUUAUGCGGUGAAGAUCGUCAAAGCCAACAAGUUAGACCAUGUGGUGACCAUCAUCAAGGGGAAGGUGGAGGAGGUGGAACUCCCGGUGGAGAAGGUGGACAUCAUCAUCAGCGAGUGGAUGGGCUACUGCCUCUUCUAUGAGUCGAUGCUCAACACCGUGCUCUACGCCCGAGACAAGUGGCUGGCACCCGAUGGCCUCAUCUUCCCAGACCGAGCCACGCUGUACGUGACGGCCAUCGAGGACCGGCAGUACAAGGACUACAAGAUUCACUGGUGGGAGAACGUGUAUGGCUUCGACAUGUCUUGCAUCAAAGACGUGGCCAUCAAGGAGCCCCUGGUGGAUGUGGUGGACCCCAAGCAGCUGGUCACCAAUGCCUGCCUCAUCAAGGAGGUGGACAUCUACACGGUCAAGGUGGAAGACCUGACCUUCACCUCCCCCUUCUGCCUGCAAGUGAAGCGGAACGACUACGUGCACGCCCUGGUGGCCUACUUCAACAUCGAGUUCACCCGCUGCCACAAGAGGACCGGCUUCUCCACCAGCCCCGAGUCCCCCUAUACUCACUGGAAGCAGACAGUGUUCUACAUGGAGGACUACCUGACGGUGAAGACUGGCGAGGAGAUCUUUGGCACCAUUGGCAUGCGGCCCAACGCCAAGAACAACCGUGACCUGGACUUCACCAUCGACCUGGACUUCAAGGGCCAGCUGUGUGAGCUCUCCUGCUCCACUGACUACCGGAUGCGCUGAGGCGGCGCCCGGCUUCUCCCAGCCCAGCCAGGCUGGCCCUGCAAGGGCCCAGGGGCUGCGGCGUUCUUAGGCGGUUUCGGGGCUCCCCCUUCCUCUCCCUCCCUCCCACAGAAGGGGGUUUUUGGGGGUGGGGGGGCACAUCGUGACUGUGUUUUUCAUAACUUAUGUUUUUAUAUGGUUGCAUUUACGCCAAUAAAUCCUCAGCUGGGA